UAGACAUUGCGUACGUGUGUACAGAACUGUUUAAUAUCGGUUAGUUUAUCAUUAUUUCAUUAAAUUUAUUUAUAAUGAUCAACGACUAGGGCCAUGCCUAUUAAAAAAAGCUUUCUACGAGUAUAAAUUAUGAAUCGCUGGAGAUUUACUUUUCUUCCAUCCGGCACAUCAAUUUGGCUUUCGAGAAAGCCAUGGAACAAUAGAGCAAGUCAAUAGAUUAACAACAGAAAUACGAACUGCAUUCGAGCUUCGGGAAUACUGCAGCGCGGUAUUCCUUGACGUUGCGCAGGCUUUCGACCGAGUCUGGCUCGGUGGUCUUAUGCAUAAAAUCAGAAUGUUACUGCCGGAAAACACUCACAGGAUACUUGAAUCAUACCUUUACAACAGAGCUCAUUUAUUUUUAGCUCAAGAACAUCAGCAUUUACAAAUAGUGAAAGCCAGCAGUAAUUCGCGUGGACGUCGUAAGCGAUAAAAUGCUCGGAUCACUUAGUAGCCAAGUAGCUUAGAGUUACCCAAACAUUACAGUAAAAAUUGUACGUAUUGUACCUGAAUAUUAUUGGAUCCAUUGAAACCUAAAAUUAUAUAAGAAGACAGCGGAGAUGUUUUUCUUAAAAUUGCCACAUAGAUCGAUAUUCUUUGGCAUAGUUUUGUUUCUUAUCGAGGCGAUAAGCAUAAUUAAAAGUCACUCCAUGCCUCAUAUACAUGGAAACAGCGAGUCAGAUGAAAUAGGUCCAGAGUUUUUGGCGAAGUUGGGCAACAUAACGGUUCCCUUAGGACGAGAUAUAUCAUUCACCUGCGUUGUUGACAAAUUGGGUCAAUAUCGGGUGGCAUGGAUUAAAUCUGAUUCAAAAGCAAUUCUUGGGAUACACACACACAUGGUCUCCCUAAAUCCAAGACUAACAGUGACACACAAUGGCCACAACACCUGGAAACUUCACAUAUCUCGAGUACAGAUAAAUGACUCCGGCAGCUACAUGUGCCAAGUUAAUACAGAUCCCAUGAAGAGCCUUUCUGGAUUCCUAGAUGUUGUUGUGCCGCCAGAUAUUUUAAACCACCCAGAACAUAAUCUAGAGGAAGGAGCCAGUACAGAGGGUGGAAGUAUUUCACUUGUAUGCAGUGCGACUGGUGUUCCAAAACCAAAGGUUCAGUGGCGGCGUGAAUCCGGAAAGGAAAUUAUCCUUCGAGCGGAAAGCAGAGAUAAACAAGCUCUAAAGUCAGUGGAAGGAGAGAAGCUCGUUUUGACAAAUGUACAUCGUUCCGAUAUGGGUGGCUACAAUUGCAUUGCUUCUAAUGGAAUACCGCCAUCAGUAAGCAAGCGUUUUGAUGUUCACGUAAAUUUUUCUCCAACAAUUAAGGCUAUUAAUCAAUUGGUAGGAGCACCCGUUGAAAGAGAAGUAACUUUAGAAUGCAUUGUUGAAGUGUACCCUAAACCUCUUAAUGGUUGGUAUCGUAACGAAGGAAAUGUUAAACUGCACAACGGGAACAAAUAUAAUAUUACUGAGGAAAUGAUUAACUUGUACACUUGGCAUCUCAACCUUACCAUUAAACAUCUGACUAAAUCAGACUUUGGAGCUUACAGUUGCUCAAGCGUGAAUGCGCUUGGCAAGAGUGAAUCACGCAUUCGAUUGCAAGAGUUACGACUACCACCUAAGUCGACCACGACUGCAACGCCUCACGUGCAUACAACGGUUAAACCGCGUCGUAAGCAGCCACCCGCUCAUAGCAAGGGACUGAACGAAGUGGUGCGUGCCAAGGAAAGCCAUUUCUCAAAUCAAAUGCAGCAGGGGAACGACGUAUACAGCAAUGGAAUUGGUGUGCUUCAGAGCGCUAAAAGUGUAAAUUCUGGUGGCGCUUUAGAAAGUGGAAACGGCAACGACAUGAUAAACGGAGCGGAAGUGCAAACUAAUUUUCCCACACGUAACGCAUAUGAAAAGAGUUACACGCCCCCUGGAGCUUUACCAUCACCUCGUACACCCUGGAUAUUUACAAAUGGAGGGUCACAUAGACUUGCGUGCACUCAGAAAUCGACAACUGCAUCAGUGAUCAUUUUUUGGAUGUUGUUUUUGUCUCAGAUUUCAAAUUUUCAAGCUGUCCGAGUUGUCAGUUUCUUGCAAUCACGUGCGGACUGCUGACGUGUGGAUUAAAU